AUGGCACCUUUUUGCGACUCAGGUAUUUCCCAAACGAGUAGUAAUUUAGCUUACAAGGGGCUGUUUCAAAGUCCGCUCCCGUUACUGGGGAAUAGCAGCGGGGCUGACGUUUCUCCACUGCGCUACCGUACCGACCUUGACAAGCACGUGAUUCACUUUGCCUUUCAACGUUUUCCGCACAGCAUCGAGAUUGUGGAGGACGAGGAGGUAAUGUCGAAUGACUGGCACUUCUUCUGGAUGACGGUGGGGCGCGUGCGCACCAUCUUCGCCACGGCGGAGUACCGCCUGUCGGAGUCGCAGAUCAUCAACCACUUCCCGAACCACUACGAACUGACGCGGAAGGACCUUAUGUACAAAAACAUCAAGAAAUACAUCCGCGAUGUCAACAACGCCCACCCGGUGGUGCAGUGCACACCACCCUCCUGGACGCCGCACGAACAGACUGAGAGGUUACCUAAUUUGCUGCGCUUUGCGGAUUGCGUGCCGGUAACGUACAACAUCCCGAACGACCUGCAUAUGCUGAAGGAGGAGUUUAAACGGCAGCCCGGCAGCACAUGGAUUGUGAAGCCUACUUCGCUCUCGCAGGGUCGUGGAAUAUUUCUCAUCAACCGCAUUGUGCAGCUAAAAAAAUGGCUUAAGGAGCGGAAGGAAAUGGACGAGGUGGAGGGGCUUCCACCGACGGCGUACGUCAUUUCCAAGUACGUAGCAAAUCCACUUUUGAUUGGUGGAAGGAAAUUUGACUUGCGCCUUUACGUGCUCGUGACCUCCUUUAAGCCACUGGUGGCCUACCUGCACGAGCAGGGCUUUGCCCGCUUUUGUGCCACGCCCUACGCCGCCAAUGCCCUUAACGACGACAACCUUUGCUCACACCUUACCAACGUGGCGUUGCAAAAGGGCGAGGAGACGUACAACGAGAUGCAUGGCGGGAAGUGGUCGUUGGCGAACUUGUGCCUUUUUGUGCAGGGGCGUUACGGGGCGGUGUGCGCGGAUGGGUUGAUGCGGAGCAUUGAGUUUACCAUCUACCACAGCCUCAAGGCGAUGGAGAACGUGAUGUUUAACGACCGGCACUGCUUUGAGCUCUACGGCUACGACAUCCUCAUCGACGACUGCCUGCGACCCCACCUGAUCGAGGUGAACUCGUCCCCGUCGCUCUCAACCACGACGCUGUCGGACCGGCUGCUGAAGGAGGAGGUGCUGGCGGAUGUGUUGAGCAUCAUCUUCCCGCCGUUCUUCCCAAGCUCGCGGGCGAUGCCGUACUGGGAGUACCGUUUGCGGACAGAUUUGACGACGGCGGUACCGACGGGAUUUCGACUGUUGCAU